AUGCUCACCCCCGGAAUUCAAAGAAAAGAGGUCAGCCAGUCUCGAUUAUUAUAUUCCCGACUCCUUCGCGGUCUGCGUACGGUCCAUAUUAUGGUCAAGUUGAAAAGAGGCACGCCUAUCAUGGCAUCCAUGGACCGCCAUCGCAACCCAACGCUCUUCGAAGUACUCGCCGUCUCUCCACAAAGUUUCGAGGGCCAGGACUCAACAGCGCAAACCAAAAUAGCAAGGCAAGCGUACCGUCGUGCCCUGCUCAAACACCACCCUGACCGCCAGCGACAACAAUCCAAUGAAAAUGCUGCUGCGACAUCAGAUUCGUCAUCAACAUCCUCUGAAGGCCCUUCGCAACACUUCACCGUAGACCAGAUCACGGAAGCCUAUACCGUGCUCAGUGAUGCACAGAAGCGGCGCAAAUACACGCGGACACUACGGUCUCAGACCAAGACGACAUCAUCAGGUAGUGCUAGCACAAACCCCAGGAGAAAACGAAGAUUCAGGGCCUCGAGCCUGGAGACCGUUGACUUGGAUAAUGAUCUGUCUUGGGAUGGCAAGCGGCGGCUGUACUACCGUGCUUGUCACGGGUGUGGUACGGCCCGCGGGUUUAGCUUGAAAGAGGAUGAAAUUGAAGAUGAGAACGAAGAGGAUGAUGAGAUAAUACUCGAGUGUUCGGAGUGCGAAACUGAAAUAAAGGUUUUGGUGCCAGCUCUUGCUGACGAUGAUGAUGGGCAAACUGGAGAACAACAAAGCUCGGGGCUGGCGACUCAGCAGCCACAUCCAGUGAACCAGGCAACUCAGAGCUACGGCGACGCAGAGCCACCGAAAAAGAGCAGAGGCUGGGGACUACGUCUUGGACUUGGCCUUGGGCUAUCGCUUGGAGGGGGUGCGAGUGGCCGUGCUGGGAGAGUCGUCAAGGAUAGCGUACCUAUCACCUAUGAAUCUAUGGGUAUUCCACUGUCGGUUCUGGGAAAAGUCGUGUUUGAGCAUCGGGUGCCGCCUGAGCUGUUCAAGGCCGUGUUGACGCUCCUCCCCGUGGCACUCCAUUCGAUACUGUAUGAAAUCACGGCCAUCUGUCUCCAGUUUGUGGAUGUGGGAGUCAUACUUCACCUCAUCGGAUCCCACACGGAGAUCAACAAGUCUUCGUCACAGAGCUGUCGAUCGCUCCUCUAUGGGAGUUUCAUAUCGAUGCUUGAAGAUGUGAUGCUCCGCCAUUGCAUCGACAGCACUGCAGGUAAACGCGGGUUCUGA